AUGGAAGUGUUGUCAAAGUUGUUGGGUGGCACACUUAGUUCAAUAACCACCAAAUGUAUGGUUUUGCUUGCUACUGUUUUGAUCCUAAGAGCAUUGUUGGUUCCUUCUUUUCCUGGCUUUGAUGAGAUUGAAUGGAGCAACCUUGUAUAUAUCCGAAGCCAUCCUCCUAUGAUGAAUUUUCACUUUGGAAUUCGGCACAAUAAGUUUUUGGCGGUUCCUCAGCUUGUGUGGGGAUUGAACAACCAGAAGAUUGCAUUUGCAAGGGCUUGCCUUACUGCUAGAAUGCUGAAUAGAACAUUGUUGAUGCCUAGGUUUAGUGCCUCGCUGUUUUACAAAGAAAUUGACCUCUUGCAACCCAUUUCCUUUGACAAGGUGUUCCAAUUUGAGAAGUUUAACAUGCAAUGCCGCGGUUUUGUCCGGUUGGGUCGAUACUCGGAUGUGUUAAAUAGAACACAAGUGAUGGAAUUGCUAAAGGGAAGUGGAAGGAGGUGGACAGUGGAGAGGGAUUUAUCACAGUUGAGGGAGCAUAGUAUGGGCUCUUUUGAUGACUAUGAGGUGAUUCGGAUAGUAGGGAAGAACCCUUUUUUGUGGCAUGAUCAUUGGCCUGUGAAGGACUAUGCAAAGGUUUUUGAGUGCUUGAAUUUGAUAGAUGAGAUUGCUAGAGAUGCUGAUAGGGUUGUGUCUAGGAUUAGAGGAGUUGGAAGAGAGGUAAAAGGCAACAGUGAAUCAAUUGAAGUGGUAAAUAGCAUAACCUCUUAUAGGUCUUCAUUUCAGCCUCUUCCAUAUGUUGCUGUUCACAUGAGGAUUGAAAUUGAUUGGAUGAUCCACUGCAAAAAGUUAGAGCAAAGAUUGAACACGAAUCUAAUCUGCAGUAGCAAGAAAGAGAUAAUCGAAAGAGUUAGGAACAUCGCUGGUUUGAAGACUCCGGCCAUUGUUUAUCUUGCAGUUGCUGAUAAACUCCUUAACAAUUCUUCCAUAUUGGAAGAUUGGGAAGAAGGCUUUCUUCCUUUUGAGAAGAAGAAACUUGGUGUUGAUGAAAUUUAUAACAAGUACCCAUAUUUAAUUCAGUCCGCAAUUGACUAUGAAGUGUGUUUGCGAGCCAAUAUCUUUGUGGGAAAUAGUUUCUCCACAUUUUCAAGUCUUAUAGUUCUUGAAAGAACACAGAAGAUGAUCAGAAUGGGUGUUCCAAACAUGUGUGGAAAUGAUGCAAAAUGGCCUUCUUAUGCUUACAAUAUACCAGGAGAAUCAAAUGGCCCUAUGAAAUGGAUUACAAAUAUGUCAGAGCCGAGUCUUCAAGCAAUAAGCUAUGGCACCAAACAUAUCUCUUGUUGA